GUAUCAUACUUCCUCAGACAUCAUCUGAAGCGAGAAUGCCUGAGCCCGCCAAAGCACCCUCAAAAGGCGCCAAGAAAGGCGUCACUAAACCGCCCAAGGGCAACAAGAAGAGGAGGUCCAAGAAGAGGAGGGAGAGCUACGCCAUCUACGUGUACAAGGUGCUCAAGCAGGUCCACCCCGACACCGGCAUCUCCUCCAAGGCCAUGGGCAUCAUGAACUCCUUCGUCAGCGACAUCUUUGAGCGCAUCGCCGGUGAGGCCUCCCGUCUGGCUCACUACAACAAGCGCUCCACCAUCACUUCCAGGGAGAUCCAGACCGCCGUCCGCCUCCUGCUGCCCGGGGAGCUGGCCAAGCACGCCGUGUCUGAGGGCACCAAGGCCGUCACCAAGUACACCAGCUCCAAUCUGGUCUGACAAACUGGUGUGGAAACAACCCACGUGCUGGGAUUCACAGGACCACAGAUGAUUGACUAACCCGUCAGACUAGUUCCAGCCUAGUCAGACAAGCAUGAACUGAUGAAGGCUCUUGGAUAAGAGGUGAAACGUCUUCUAAGACAAAACGUCAAGUCCAGUUCUGUUCGAUUCAAUUGCCUUGAGAUAACUAUGACCUGGAUGAAUGAGAAUAUCCACAGGCACGAUUUGAAUGAUGUGAUG